GGCCGUGGAGUGACCGAGGCCAGCGAUCCACCAUGGAGACCCGCUACAACCUGAAGAGUCCGGCUGUUAAACGUUUAAUGAAAGAAGCAGCAGAAUUGAAAGAUCCAACAGAUCAUUACCACGCACAGCCUUUAGAGGAUAACCUUUUUGAAUGGCACUUCACAGUUAGAGGGCCCCCAGAUUCUGAUUUUGAUGGAGGAGUUUAUCAUGGACGAAUAGUACUGCCACCAGAGUAUCCCAUGAAACCACCAAGCAUUAUUCUCCUAACAGCUAAUGGACGAUUUGAAGUGGGCAAGAAAAUCUGUUUGAGCAUCUCAGGACAUCAUCCUGAAACUUGGCAGCCUUCGUGGAGUAUAAGGACAGCAUUAUUAGCCAUCAUUGGGUUUAUGCCAACAAAAGGAGAGGGAGCCAUAGGUUCUCUAGAUUACACACCUGAGGAAAGAAGAGCACUUGCCAAAAAAUCACAAGAUUUUUGUUGUGAAGGGUGUGGCUCUGCCAUGAAGGAUGUCUUGUUGCCUUUAAAAUCUGGAAGUGAUUCAAGCCAGGCUGACCAAGAAGCCAAGGAACUGGCUAGACAAAUCAGUUUUAAGGCAGAAGUCAAUUCAACUGGAAAGACUAUUGCUGAGUCAGACUUAAACCACUCUUUUUCACUAAAUGAUUUACAAGAUGAUAUACCUACAACAUUCCAGGGUGCUACUGCCAGUACGUCGUAUGGAGUCCAGAAUCCCUCAGCAGCAUCCCUUCAACAACCUACCCAACCUGUAGCUAAGAAUACCUCCAUGAGCCCUCGACAGCGCCGGGCCCAGCAGCAGAGUCAGAGAAGGUCAUCUACUUCACCAGAUGGAAUCCAGGGCCAGCAGCCAAGAGCCAACCACACCGAUCAUGGUGGAUCAGCUGUAUUGAUUGUCAUCCUGACUUUGGCAUUGGCAGCUCUUAUAUUCCGACGAAUAUAUCUGGCCAAUGAGUACAUAUUUGACUUUGAGUUAUAAUAUUGUUUUGUGACUUAAGAGCUGUGACUCAGCUGUUUCAUUAAACAUUCUGCAUUGGGUAUAAUCUAAGAAUUGUUUACAAAAAGAUUAUUUUGUAUCUACCCUUCAUUCCUUUUUUGAUCCUUAUAAAUUUAGUAUAAAUAUAGCUAGAUGUUCAGGCAAUGUCCAGCAGUGUGUCCUGUUUAGUUUAAGGGACCGGAAGUCAAAGUUCCUUGUCUCACUCUUUGAUCUGCUUUAUAGGGAAAUAACAUUGUUGUUUCUCAUGCCUCAGCUUCUUUUUAUGUAAAAUUGUGAUACUCUUCUGUAUAGCCCUUUGAAAUUUUCGGAUAAAAGAUGGUGUUUUAAAUUCCAAUGAAUAUUACCAGUUACUCAAUACCAUUUAUUGAGUACUCUGUUUCUACUUAUGUAGAAUGAUAUAGGAACAGAAGAGUUGAAAAGGGAAAGCAAAACUCCUCUAGUAGCUUCCUCAAAAUGUCAUUCAUAAAAGAUACACUGGGAUUGCCCAUUCUAUGCCUUUGUUUGUGUCCUAAAUAUUCUUCAGAAAAAAAAAUUUUAUUUCUGUCAAACAUUUAUGAGCAAGUGAAAUCACAUUUUUGUUAUUGGAUGUUACUUGAAGAGGGAGUAAUUUGUAACCACUUUGAUAUGCCGUUACUAUCCCCCUCUCUAUGAUAUGCACACAAACUUAAAAAGAAAAAACUGUCCUCCAUAGAUCUUUAUUUUAAGGAAGAAAGGGUGCAAGCCAGGAAAUUGCUUGAUUUUCUUCUGAAACUUAAGUGAGAGUAUCUUAAGAUUUGAAUGUUUGCUCUGCUUUGAAUUGUAUUAUCUUUUGAGAUGUAUUAUAUGCCUAACUUUGCAAUCACUAUAAAUUUUAAUUAUUCCGAGAAUAUGCAUAAUGUCGAAAUAUUUCAUGUACCAUUUUAAUAGAAAAGCUCAGGGCCCAAUUAACAGUGGUAGAAGUCAGAAAAACAUUUACUUAGAAAUGUCCACCUAAUCAAAGCCCAAAAAGGAGUUUUCAGUGGAAAAAUCAAUGUAUAACUUUGCGCUAGCUAGCUCCACAGACGCUAGUAGAUAAUGUUAUUAUUUUAAUGCCUGGUGAGACUAUAUAAUCACAGUAAGACUUUCCCUUCAGUGUGUUCAGUUAGCAGCACUGAGGAUGUUGUUAAUGAAGAUUUAAUCUUUAAAUACAGGCAGUCCCCAGCUUUCAAAUAGGUUAUGCUCUAAAAGAGCAUUUGUAAGUUAAUUUUUAACGUUGUAAGUGGUAUUUAGGUUCUAUACCAGUCCACCAAAGUUAGCCCAUAUGUAUCUUGAAUAGUUUGGGGGAGAGUAUUCAUAAAGUCCUUAUGUGUUUUUAACUAAAAUUAUGGGCAAGAUAGAAACAAUUUAUAAAAUCAUUUAAAAGGCAAAUUUAAUUUUACUCCUGUUAUGGGACUUUGGUUCUAUUAAACAUCAGACACAAUUUCUGUUUUCAUUUGAUAGACAGUUUUCCUUUAUGUCUGCAUCUAGAAUAAGAACAUAUUGUAUACUAUUAUAUAAUACAGAGUUGUCUUAACCUUUAAUAAAUUAGCAUUUUAAAGAUGUUUACAGAUUGUUUCUGUUACAUCUAUAGCUGAAGUUGGUAAAGUCUAAAAAGCCCAAGGACUUUAUGAAGACCUCCUAUGUCAGGAAAAUUAUAGGUUACCAUUUUAUAACUUUAUUUUCAUGAGAAAAUACAUUCUGAAGUCUUGGUUUGGAAUACAAGACACUAGAAAUGUUGGUUCAGUGGUCAGUGGCCUCCCAGCAAGUAGGCACUGACCCAGCUGGGAAGGCCAGCUAGCAUUCUUGCCUGAGAAGAAAUCCCCACACCCUCAGCCUAUGCUGAGAUUAAUUGUGUGCUAAGAACAAUCUUCCCGUCUAUUUCCUCUCAGUCACACUUGAGCCAGCCUCUGGGUCUAUGUGACCAUGGGGUGUACCUAUACUUUAAGAGUAAGCCAAGAAGAUUUUGCAUCAUGCAGAUCCUCCUCUAUCUGACCUGCCUCUCUUCCCUCAUUCAUCAACUAACUGGCCACCUGCUUAUGUGUGUUGGGAUUUUUUAGCCCUUGAUGCAUACAUCUGAAAGUGGCACAUUUUGCUCCUUCCAUUUCAUCUCAGCUGUGCCCCCCAAAAUCCUUAAUUGUCGGUCUGACCCCCAUGUGGGGUUAAUGAGCAAAAUUGUUCUUUGGGGCUUUUCUUACCCAAACCCCACUAAAGGGCCUCUUCGGAAAAGUCCCACUUUUCUUUUAAAAGUUCCACUUUUUUUUUUUUUUUUUCAUGGCUGGCUGGUACAGGCAUCUGAACCCUUGAUCUUGGUGUUAUCAGCACCAGGCUCCAUGUAGUGAGCAACUGGCCAGCCCUAAAACCCUACUUUAACUCCUUAGUUCCAGCAUAAGGCCAGUCUCGAUGUAUAAUCUGGUAGGUAAAGGCUUAGGACUCCUUUUUUCUCCAAUCCUCAGAUCUAGGUAACUCAUGGCUUUUUCUUUGACCAACAGAGCACAUGACUACAUAUCAAGGUAGUUAAUAUAGCAUGCUUGAAAAAAUAUAUAAUGUCUGUUUCACUUCUAAUUGUUUAAGCCAAUGAACCUUUCAAAUUGUAUGUAAUGUGGGCUUUGAUGUAGCACUUUACAUUUCCAUGCUGCUUAUUAUUGUUUUAUUCUACUGAAAUAAAUGAAUUUCAUCAAGAUUCAUGAAGUUUUUUAAAAACUUCAAAAAAAUUGUUUAUUGUUUUGAUGAUGGAAAUAUGAAAUUUCGUAUUUCAGGAGAAUAAGAACUCUUUUUCUUAUUUUUGGCUAUGAAUAAACUUUCUGGUAUCUUGAGACCAUUUUUAUAGACCAGAAUCAAUAAACAAGUAAACCUCACAUAUCUGGACUUAUUUGAGCAGAAACCUAGGCUGAAGUACUGAAGAGCCUAUAUUGUUUUGUUACCUGCAAGUUAAUUUAUGUAGACUGAAUGCAUCUGGUGAAUCUGACUUUAACAAAGAGUAAUGUGUACAUUAAUAUAUGUACUAUUAGAGCCUUUGUGGGAGGCUGUGCAUUGCUUUAAAGCUGUUUGGAAUGCCUCUUGAACAGUUAGUUGCCUUCAGAGCUAGAUUGAGCUGCUCAAUAAAACCAGUGACUUUAUUCAUA